AUGCCCGGAUCUGCUACGACUCAGGCGGCUCAGACAACUCAGACGUUGUUUGACAUACAGAAGGCUCAAUUUUCGGCGUCCUCGGAAAAGGAUCAGGAGCACAUCACCAGAAACCUCUCUGACAGAGCCACUUGCGAUCUCACAUUGCUCCAGAGUGGCAAUUAUGCAGAUGUCCUAGUGAGCUGUGGCGACUUCACCUGGCGUGUUCACAAAUCUAUCAUCUGUACAAGAAGUCCGUGGUUCUGGCUAGCAUUGAAAGGUGUGUAUAAAGAGGCUUCUGACGGUGAGGUGCGCAUCGAGAAUGACAUUUUUGAUGCUAAAAGCGUUAGAAUGCUGCUGCUCUAUCUAUAUACCGACGAUGUUAAUACCACGAUUGAGAUGGCCGCGCAUCUCGGCUACUGCGAAAGCAGUUGGGACGGCCACAUCAUUUGCUGGGCCUUGGGAGAUUUCUUCAGACUACCAUAUCUCCAAGAAAAGGCCCUCGAGGCACUGGAGCGCGACUGCCGCAUUGCCCGCACCUCAAUGUGUGUCUUGCCCAAGCCCCAAUGCGACACGGCACACAUAUUCUCAGCCAUCCGCCUUGCGUAUGGUGUCUUCAGCAACGCCAAGCGAUGCCAGAGGCUCUUGCUCGACUUGGUCUACGAUGCAAGGGUCACUCUUUUCGAUGACCCUGGAUUCCAGGAGCUGUACCGCGAGAUCCCCGAGCUUGCCGUCGGUCUGCUCGAUGGCGUCACUAACUCCGGCAACUCGGCCGGCGAGUUUUGUGAUCGCGCCGGCUGGAGCCUUCCUGAUGAUUUUACUGAAUGCGAUUUUUGUAACAUAGUAGAGGAAGUGGACGACAUGCCCGCAGUGUAUUUCACAGUCGACGACCCUGAUACAACGACCAAGACCAAGGAGCUGGGUGGAGGAUAUUGGAAGUUUGUCUGUCAAAGGCAUUAUGUCUCUGGUCUGGGAACGAAACUUGUGGGCUUUUUCUACGAGACAUGGGCCGACCUCUCUGAAGACCACAUCUUGACACUUCAUACACUUCCUCCCGACUUUUACAUCGACCUGUACAAGGGGGCUUUGUACCCUACUAGAAGUGUAGUGGAGAAUCUUAAGUGGUAG